AUGAUAUACCCGGUGGAAGACACCUGGAGUGACGUCAAGUUUUAUCCGAUAUAUUCAGUCGCUUUGCUAUUUACGGUAAAAGUGAGGAACAGUUUCCAAAUGGAUGAGCUAAUCUCUUUGCUUCCAUCAACUUAUUUUGCGUCCACACUCGGAGUAAUCUGUUUUGAUAUUGGCACGGAAAAGCUUCGAAAUCUAGAUGGAGCUGAUGUGGAGUUAGUAUAA